AUGACACUCACUGAAUUGGGAGAUCCCAAUGCCUUGAAGGCGUUCUUGCAAGAUAAUCCAGUGAGCGUGGUCACCUUUUCCGCCACUUGGUGUGGGCCUUGUCGCAGUUCCAAACCUCAAUUGGAACAACUGGCGUCGAAAUCCCCAGUGCCCAUUGGUUACGUCUAUGAAUCAGAUAUCGGAGACUUCUUGCACACCUUUGAAAUUCGGGCCUUUCCUACCUAUGCGCUUUUCCGAGCCGGCAAAGAAGCCUCCCGAGUAGAAGGUGUCAACUUUCCGGCCAUUGAGGAAAUGAUUCAAAAGUUUGGUGGCCCCAAAAUUCCAGAAAGUGGAGGCAAUGCUUUGGGAGGCGGUGAAUCUAAAAAUUUGUCUCCAGAAGAAGCCCGCAAGUUGCGACUGGCCAAGUUUGCUGCACCGGCUUCUGCACCAGCGCCUGCAAAAGCGCCUGCUGAGGAAGAAACCAAACCCGCACCCAUGGACACUUCAACCGAAAGCAAAGAUGAGCCCAUGAAGGAAGAUGAUAAGAAAGAAGAUGGCGAUGCAGCCAUGAAGGAUGCCGAAGGAUCUUCAGAUGGAAUCAACCCAGAAGCCUUGAAAACGCUCAUGAGCUUGGAUGCUGUCGCCCUGAAAACAUUGACGGAAUCCAUGGGCUUUCCCAUGUUGCGCGCACAAAAGGGUCUCUUAUUUGGAGGCGGAACUGUUGAUAGUGCUGUUGACUGGAUCAUGCUGCAUCAAGAUGAUGAUGAUAUUGACGAAGCAAUUUCGGAAGCUGCCUUGAUCAAGAAAAAGUUGACACCGGAAGAGAAGGAGGCAAAGAUUGAAGAAUUGAAGGCUCUCAUGAAGAUCAAGCGGGCUGAACGUGAAGAGGCCGAAAAGGUAGAUCAUGUCGAGCGAGAAAAGCAACGUCGGUUCAUGGGCAAAGAAAUUAUCAAGACCAAGGAACAAAUGGAAGCGGAACAACGCAAGCGAGAUAUAGCCGCCCGCAAACGAGAAAAGUUGGAUCAAAAGCGGGAACGAGAUCGUAUUCGGGCUGAACUAGAAAAAGACAAAAUGGAACGCCGAGCCAAUAAGGGAAAACUAAAGUCUUCACUCGGUGUCGAUGGAUACAAUCCAAGUGCCAUCCAAUACAAUCAAUCCACUGACGGUGGUGGUGACUCAGAAGAACCUGUUGCCCAAAAACAGAAAAAGUCCCAUCCCGAAGUAAGCAAGAUUGAUGACUACAUCAAAAAGGUAGCGAGCUAUCGAGCGGGUGGUGAUGGUGGCAAGUGCCUAAAGAUUCUAAAGGCCUAUGUUGGUAAUGUGGCGGACAAUCCAGAGGAAGACAAAUUCAAAAAGAUCAACAUGGACAACAAAGCCUUCAAAACCAAAGUCAAACCGUUUAUUGGGGCAAAAUCCUUGUUGUUGGCCAUUGGAUUUGCGCCUGCCGAAGGUGAUCCGACACAGUUGGCUCUCAAAGAAGAUGCUGAUAUCCAGGUCAUUAAGGACACCAAAACAAAAUUGGAGGCGGCAUUUGUAGCGUUUGGAUAA